AUGUCAGACCCUUCACGUCCCGGAACCAGCUCUGGGCGACCAUCGACGUCAAGUGGGAAACGUGUUGGUACGGGAAAAGGUAAACGGAGGCAGCCCACAGCGAGGUUAGAUACGGCCGCUUCAGGGAUCAGCGCAGAUGAGUUACCUGAACAAGAAUUUUACAAAGAGGGAGAUGAUGAGGGUGAAGACGAUUUUGAUGAAGAGGAGGAAGAAGAGGAUGAAGAAGUCUUUGCAUUUCAUCGACCCACCACCGCCGCUGUACCUGGUUUAGGAACAAUUUCAGAUUAUUCGACAUCCUAUUCCGGACCUUCAUCCAGUCAUCUUCCAACUACUGCUGGAACGACCACGAACAUAUCGACUGGUCCAUCUGAUGGUCACCUGAAUACACCGGGUUUGAGCUUGAGCGAUACGCCCCAUUCGGUAUCUGUGAAUGGCAAGGUACCUACUCCAACUGGUGUCAUUGACGUGGGAGGACAUCUUCCUGAACUCAUGUACGAUAAAUCGAACCCUCCACCUUUCAGCGGUCGAUACAAUCCCAACAAUUCUUCUUUCGCAUUUACAAUGUCGUCCGCGGACGAGUCAACCGGUGGUGCACCAGUUAUAGCUAAGAAAUCGCGAAGACCCCAUUCAGGCGCAUCAUUAAUGGAUAGAUUGAAUCGCAGAAGAGGAAAUAGUUCAAGUUCAAGAUUGGAUACAGCUACAACGGAUUUCACUACUACUACCGAUAUGUCCAUGUCGAGGAUUUCAGAAGACUCGGGUUUGUCUGAACCUGGAUUAUCCUAUAGGCCCACUACUUCGCAUAAUAACAGAAGAAUGAAAUCCUCUGCGCCCUUAAUUUCGGAGAGUGAUCUCACGAGCGAAAGUGCACGAGGAUAUAGUAGGGGUAGUUAUGGUAUGACUGAAAUGACGGGUGAUAUGACCGUCCCCGAUGGAAAGACUACUUGGGGAGAUGGAAUGGGUGGGUUGCACAAGGAAGCGAGCGAUAUGGGAGAUGAAAGUCUGGGUGUACUCGAUCCGGGAAUGGUAGAAGAAGAUAGUCCAUAUCCCGAAGUUAGAGCUUCAGUGUCGAAUAUAGAUGAUCCUGAAAUGCCAGCGCUUACGUUCCGAGCAUGGGUGUUGGGAAUGCUGUUCGUCAUCAUCGGUUCAGGUAUCAACACGUUCUUCCACUUCCGUACACCUGCUCCAUAUCUCUCCCCUUUCAUCGUACAAGUUGUCGCGUAUCCAGUCGGUAAAUUCGCUGCGUGGUUACUCCCAAUUACGACCUGGAAUUUACCUCGUUUCCUUGGUGGUUCAGAAUUCACUUUCAACCCUGGUCCCUUCAAUAUCAAAGAACAUACCAUCAUCGUGAUGAUGGCCAAUGUCGCGAUCGGACCAGCUUACGCUCUCUAUGCGACGGUCUCGAGUGAAUUAUACUAUAAACAUAAAUUCGGUUAUGGCUUUGAUAUCAUGUUGAUCCUUGCGACUCAACUUACGGGUUUCACUAUGGCCGGUGUCUGUCGACGAUUCGUUGUUUGGCCAGCAUCUAUGAUUUGGCCUGGUAAUCUGGUUGUCACCACCAACUUGAACACUCUUCAUGCUGAAGAAGACGGUUUCCAAGGUGGUAUGAGUAGAUUGAGGUUUUUGCUCAUUUGCAUGGGAGGUGCUUUCGCAUAUUAUUUCUUCCCAGGUUUCAUCUUCACUGCUUUAUCAUAUUUCUCCUAUGCUUGUUGGAUAGCACCUAAGAACAGGGUCGUCAAUCAAUUAUUUGGUAUUUCUACCGGUCUCGGAAUGGGUAUUUUGACUUUCGAUUGGACUCAGAUCACCUGGAUUGGAUCGCCUCUCGUUGCUCCUUGGUGGGCUGAAGUGAAUGUCGGUGUUGGAUUUGUCUUGUUCUUCUGGAUUCUCGUUCCAAUCUUGUACUACAACAAUGUCUGGGAAUUUGCCUAUCUACCAGUCAAUGUCAUACAAGCUGCCGAUCGAUUUGGGUCAUCCUACGAUAUCUUCAACAUUCUCACACCCGAUAUCACGUUGAACACCACCGCUUAUGCUGAAUAUUCGCCAGUCUAUCUUUCAGCGACGUUCUCAAUGACAUUCAUGUUGGCUUUCGCAUUGGCCACAGCGUUAUUAGUACACACCGCGUUAUAUCACGGUCCAAGGAUUUACCGAGCCAUCAUCAACGUCAAGACAGAAGCGGAUGAUAUUCACAUGAAGCUUAUGAAACAUUAUCCCGAAGUCCCCGAUUGGUGGUUCUUAGCUUUAUUCGCUGUGGUUUUCACUUUGGCCGUCACAGCUUUGGAAGUCUAUCACACCAAUUUACCAGUUUGGGGAUACAUCGUCGCUGUCAUGCUACCUUUCGUAUAUAUUAUCCCAUCGGCUUUCAUCUACGCUAUGACUUCUCAACAACCAGCGAUCAACCUCUUGGCGGAACUGAUACCAGGUUACAUGUUCCAAGGUCAACCUAUUCCAGGGAUGCUAUGCAAAGUCUUUACCGUCCAAACUGUAGCAGCUGGAUUACUAUUCGUCCAAGAUCAGAAACUAGGACAUUAUAUGAAAGUACCACCUAGAGCUACUUUCAUCGCUCAAUUGUCGGCAACUGCGAUCGCAUGUUUUAUCCAAAGUGGAACCAAGGAGCUCAUGUUCGCCAAGAUCCCCGAUAUAUGCGCUGCAGGCCAGAAAUCAUUAUUGACUUGUGCCUCCACCAAGGUGUUCUUCACUUCCUCGAUCAUCUGGGGGUUGAUCGGACCUGACAGAUUAUUCAGUAAAGGAUCGCUCUACCAUCCUCAAACUUACGCAUUAAUUGUCGGAGCGGUAUUACCCAUUCCGUUCUGGUUAUGGGUACGAAAAUACCCUCAAUCGAUCUUUAGAAACUUGAACCUGCCCGUCAUAUUCAGCGGAGCAUUGUAUAUCCCCCCUGCAUCUGGUAUCAAUUACGCUAGUUGGUUGUUGACUGGAUUCAUUUUCCAAUUCUGGCUGAGGAGGAAACAAUUCGCUUGGUGGUCUAAGUACAAUUACGUCUUAUCGGCUGCUUUGGAUGUCGGCACAGCACUCUCGGCAAUUGCGAUCUUCCUGUUCCUCGGUUUACCGGGUGCUUCGAUCAGUUGGUGGGGUAAUACGGUGUAUCAAAAUACUGCCGAUUGGAAUGGUGAAGGUGCAACUUAUCUCGACGCUCCUGAAACAGGGUUCGGUCCUGAUACAUGGAAGUUAUAG